AUGUUACCUGCUUCUAAUUUAGCUGCAUGGGUACGUGUUGUCACUGAGACACUAUCCCAGCAACAACGUGACGUCUUUCUUAUGUUACUAUGGGCAAUUUGGUCCGAAAGAAACAGAGUUCUUUGGAAGGGUGGCACCUUCAACCCUUUGAAUACUGCCUGUGGGGCAUCUAAACUUCUUUCUGACCAUCAACAGGUUCACAAGGCUACAGUUUUGAAGCAGAAGCGUCCCAUGACUCGAUGGCAGCACCCACCUAGUGGUAGACUGAAGUUGAAUAUUGACGGGUCAUUCCAUGCAGAUAGUGGACGGGGAGGAAUUGGGGCAGUUAUUCGAGAUGAAAAUGCGAUGAGAGCUGGUCUCCUCCUGGCUAUUCAUCAAGGCAUGAUCAAUAUUGAUAUUGAAACUAAUUGUGCUAUGGUUGUUACUGCGGUUAAUGGAGAUAUGAAGGACUUGUCAGAGAUUGGCUGUAUUGUGGAAGAUUGCAAGGCUUAUCUGAGCUCUAUUCUUUCAACUAGAGUACAGUCUAUAUAUCGUGAAGUGAAUAGUAUUGCACAUAGAUUGGCACAUCUCACUAGUUUAUCGUAUUUAGAUGAGUAUUGGCUAGAGGAGGCUCUUGUUAUUAUUCAGAACGCACUCUAUGAGGAUUCUUGUACUACUACUUGA